AUGGGUAAUACCGACAAAGAAACAGAAACAAGCAAAUCUUUGAAUGAUCAAACCUUGAUCUCUCCUUAUUUUCUUCAUGCCUCUUAUCAUACCGGCCAUGUCCAAACUCCAAUUCUCCUCAACGGCUCUAACUAUGAACGAUGGGCGAAGUUAAUGACCAUCUCUCUUCGCACCAAAAGAAAACUAGGGUUCAUUAACGGAACUCUCCUCAGAUCCACGACAGACACAAAAGAAGCAGAGCGUUGGGAUAUGGUCAACUCAAUGAUCAUUGGCUGGAUCUACAGUAGCAUCGAGCCCCACCUUCGAUCAUCUAUUUCUGUUGUUUCUGAUGCAUCAGUAAUGUGGGCAGCUUUGAAAGGGCGAUUUUCUACAAGCGAUGACACACGAGUUCAUCAACUACGUGCAGAGUUAGCUGCUUGCAGACAAGAAGGUCAAACUGUUGAAGAAUAUUUUGGCAAGCUCAAAGUUUAUUGGGAUGAUUUGUCCGAUUUUGAAGCAGCUUUCACUUGUUGUUGUGGUAAUGAUCGCUGCUCCUCCAUGACCAAAUACCGUAAGAUUCAAGACAAGUCGUUCAUUCAUCAGUUUCUCAUGGGUCUCGACAACAGCAGAUUUGGAACAGCUAGAUCCAAUCUUCUCAGCCGACUUGGUGAUCUAACUCUUGAGAGUGUGUACUCUCAAAUUAAGCAAGAAGAGACCCAUCUCAAUACUACUCGACGAACAGAAGGUAAAAACAGUGUUAUUGGUUUCUCGGCAACAGCGACUUCAAUCACCAAAUCCAAUACCUCAAUGACAUGUACUCAUUGUGGUAGAACAGGACACGAAAAACAACAAUGCUUUAAGCUCGUUGGUUAUCCAGAAUGGUGGGGGGAACAGCUGACUCUCGGACGAGGACACUCAAGUCGUGGUCGAGGUUCUGUUCGAGGACGAAAUAGAGGAGGACGUGGUGGUUACUCUGCGCACCAAGUAGGCUUGUUAGGAUCACACCCUGCAAUUUCACACAUCACUGACGUCUCAACCUCCUCCACAAGCGAUUCUGGAAUCCCAAAUCUCACCCAAAGUCAGUGGAACUCGAUUGCUAACUUCGUGACUAGUAAGAAGCAAAACAACACCGUCAAACUCUCCGGUAAGACAGAAAAACUUGUCAUCUUUGGCACUAGUAGUCGCUAUGAUAUCAUUAUUGAUUCUGGUGCAUCUCACCAUAUGACUGGCGACAUAAACUUGUUGACACAUUUAUUUAAAAUCGAUCCCAUUGCCAUUGCCUUACCGGAUGAUGGAUUUACUUGGGCCACACGUCAAGGCACAUUAAAUCUCAGGGGGAAAUUAGUACUUCAUCGAGUCUUCUAUGCCCCUGAUUUAUCUAUGACUCUUAUCUCAGUCUCUCAAUUGUUGGAUGAAAUUGCAAGUUCUGUGAUAUUUACGAAACGUUUUUGUGCGAUACAGGGCCAAGCUUCGAGGACUUUGAUUGGUGCGGGUGAGAAGAGCAAUGGGGUUUAUCACUUGACUGGUGCAGUUGUUCCUCAGGCUCAUCGUGUUGGUCGCAGUGAUGUUCGCGCCUUGUGGCACAGGCGGCUCGGUCAUCCGUCGUCGAAAGUGUUAUCUUUUCUUUCUAAUUUAGGAGCCAAGCUCCCUGCACGGUUUUGGGGAGAAAGUAUUCUCACCGCCACUCAUCUCAACAAAUGCACUCCCUCAGUUCUUCUUCUCGGAAAAUCACCUUUUGAGCUUUUAUUUAAGAAACCUCCUACCUACGACGCCUUGCGGACAUUUGGAUGUCUCUGUUAUGCCCACAAAGUCCGUCGCUCCAAUGAUAAAUUUGAAGAAAGAGGUGUUAGGUGCAUGUUUCUUGGCUAUCCCUUCGGCAAGAAAGGAUGGAUUGUCUAUGACUUUAAGAAAGACAAGCCGUUUGUUUCCCGUGAUGUUAUUUUUCAUGAGAAUGUCUUUCCCUUCCACUCCUUUGAAUCUUCAGCGGCUGACUCUUUAACGGUUGUCUCUCCCUCUACUGUCCAUCCUAGUUUCUUUGAUGACAUUGAUUCACCGUCUUCGAUAGGGGGAGACAUCACUGCUCGUCCCACUCCGGCAUCUUCUAUUGAUCCUCCGCCAACACCACCGACUGAUACGUCGUCACCCACUGAGCCAGAUCCUCAAAGUGACGACUGA